AUGAGUCAGCUAGCAGGAAUCCUCAAAGAUAAUUCAAGAAUGAAGAUCGUCAAAAUCAAGGAGCAGUUGAUCAGGCAGAAAGUGAAUGAUCAUAUGUAUCACAACAUCCCCAGGGGAGUGGACCUGGUUGCAGGAAUCCAUCCACACGGAACACGUCUUGUGACUGGUGGACUCAACCGCAUGGGUGUCUGUACGGCGUACCAGGCCAACAAGUCCGCCGGCCAAGCUCGGGCCACUGGGAAAGCGUCUGACUCGACGGAGUGUGUCACCUCUCGCCCUCUCCCGCUAUCGACGCAUCCCUCGAACGACGAUACAAUAUAUGGAAAGCUGGACGAUAUCGUGAAUUUGGAGCUGGAAUCCCACAAACGGAAUCCUGCUCAGCAAAGACUAUCCGAUGAGUUUUCGUCCGAAAAUUUAUCUUCCCUGGCCCAGCACGGGCCUCCUGAUACCUUUUGGUCAACGGGUCAUUACAUGAUCCAUCAUCCAAGUGAUGAUGAAGAAAAAUUUUCGACCCUACGAAACACUGCGGCUUUUGAAUAUGGCUUGCCGUCACCUCAUGAAGUCUCUCAAUCUUCUUCGGCUCCACACGUUGAGGAAUUAUCCAUAAGUAGCGCGGUGUCCGACACUCUCGACACAGCAAGCACUCGGCCAGAAGCCAGCUCAAAUUCUAGGGUGACCGGCGCAAUAGGCAGGGAAGAAGAUCCACAUGACCAUCAGUCCAAGACAGUCGAUUCCGCUGUAAAAAAACGUCGGAGGGAGGUGGAACUAGCUGAUAUCUAUCACCGAACUCAAGACACCAAGAAACAAAAAAGCAUACCACCUACAACUUUGAAACAAUCCCAACCCAGCUCUAACUUUGAAGACAAAAACCUUGUAAUCAAUGAAGCUCACGAGAUCUUCUCUGGCGUCAGGUUAUGGGAGUAUUCUAUUCUCACACGGGCAAAAAAAUCCCCUAAUCAAGACCUCGCAACAACAAAGGAACUCGAGCAAACCGUUCUCGCUAACAUCAACCAGUUUCCGGUGUUAUGUGCCCAUCGAGAAGCCGGGAUUGAUACGUUCAUCUUGCCGCCAAUCAUAUUCACAUGGGUUUCACAAGCCUCGAAAACAAGUAGGAUAGACUAUCUCAAAAGCAACGCAAACAAGUGGUUUUUUAGAAGAAAUCUUAAAAGGAAAAUCAUGCCAAUCUUCAAGAUUGUCAAUCAGCUUCACAACAUGGCAGUUUAUCAGGGCUUAGACAAAGACUUAGAAGUCACAAGAAAGACUCACACAGCUUUGCUUUCAUGGAUCAAUGAUCUCAUAUUUAGAGAUGAACACCACUUUCCUAUAAUACCAUCUGAAGAAGAAAGCACCAAAUAUUUGUUUCGACAAGCUCAACUUUGUUUAGCAAGUGACAUAACCGAUCCGGAGAGGGUCAAUAAAGCUAGGCUAAUUCCCACUGUGAUUCUUUUAAUGGCAUAUUGGUACAAAGGAUAUGAUUUGAAUCGAGCAGUUUAA